AGGAAAAGGCCGGUGCUGUGUUCGGUUCUUUCCCCGGUUACCGAAUAUGACACAAUGUGUGCUGCUAUAAAAGCAUAGAGCCACUCCUAUCAGGACUCCACUUGUAUGUCUGGAGACUUGUCUCCUUGUCUGUCUGAUGCUGUGCACUGAGUAAAGGGAGGAGGCUGCUGCUGCUGCUGCUGCUGCUGUGACUGAGACAAUCAGAGACAGAGAGAGGACACAGACACACAGAGGAGAAAGGAGAGAGGAAGGAUGGCCACUCUGGUACAGUCCGCAGAAAUGGAGACUCUGGGCGGCCAAAGCAACACCGCGGCAUCGCCCACAACCUCCGGACCCUCGCCGCAUUUCAACGACAGCAAAUUCUACCUGCUGGUUGUGAUCGGUGAGAUCAUCACGGAGGAUCAUCUCAAAUGUGCCAUUGCGGACAUAGAGAAAGGGAUUCGCUCAUGGGACACCAACCUCAUCGACUGCAACCUGGACCAGGAACUGAAGCUGUUUGUCUCCAGACACUCGGCUCGUUUCUCUGCAGAUGUCAGAGGACAGAGAAUUCUUCACCACAAAAGUAAUGUCCUGGAAACGGUGGUACUUAUAAACCCGUCAGAUGAAGCAGUCAGCACUGAGGUUCGUUUGAUGAUAUCAGACACUGCCAAACACAAGCUGCUAGUUCUCUCAGGGCAAUGCUCUGAAAAGACUGGAGAGCUGAUUCUCCAGUCUGGAUCCUUCUCAUUCUUCAAUUUCAUAGACAUAUUCACCGACCAAGAGAUUGGGGAAUUGCUCAGCACCGUUCACCCAGCAAACAAAGCUCAUCUUACUCUCUUCUGCCCUGAAGAAGGCGACUGGAAAAACUCCAACUUGGACAAACACAACCUGCAAGACUUCAUUAAUAUGAAAAUGAACUCCACACUCAUACUUCCUGAAAUGGAGGGACUCUCUGAAUUCUCAGAGUAUUUAUCUGAAUCAGUAGAGAUGCCAUCUCCUUUUGACAUGUUAGAACCACCAACCUCAGGUGGGUUUCUCAAACUCUCCAAACCAUGCUGUUACAUUUUCCCCGGCGGUCACGGUGACUCUGCUCUCUUUGCUGUGAAUGGCUUUAACAUGCUCAUUAACGGUGGCUCAGACAGGAGGUCAUGCUUUUGGAAGCUGGUGAGACACCUGGAUCGGGUCGACUCCAUCCUCCUGACUCACAUCGGUGAUGACAACCUGCCAGGCAUCAACAGUAUGCUGCAGAGGAAAAUCGCAGAGGCUGAGGAGGAACAGUCACAGGGUUCGACGGCUAACAGUGACUGGGUGAAGAACAUGAUCUCUCCAGAUAUUGGCGUUGUGUUUGUGAACCUUCCCGAGAACCUGGAUCAUCCCACACCUGACUAUAGAGUGCGGAGGAAUGUUGAGGAGGCAGCGUGUAUUCAGCAAUUUGUCACCAAGCUAAAUUUGAGGAUAGAGCCUUUGCAAAGGCCUGUUGGAAACACUAUAGAGCCCGUCAUACUUUUUCAGAAAAUGGGUGUCGGAAAGCUUGAGAUGUAUGUGCUUAAUCCUUCAAAGAAUAGCAAAGAGAUGCAGCACUUCAUGAAGCAGUGGACUGGUAGUGAAAAAGACACAGCUUCAAUUCUGCUGCCAAAUGGAAAAGAAUCUCAAUUCCCUGUCUCUUACUUGACAUCUAUUUCUUCGCUCAUUGUGUGGCACCCUGCAAAUCCCACAGAUAAGGUUGUGCGUGUUCUCUUUCCUGGAAAUGCCGUCCAGCAUCACAUCUUUGAAGGUUUAGAAAAGCUUAAGCACUUGGACGUCUUGAAGCAGCCAGUUGUCACUCAAAAGGCAAUGUCUUCUAACGUGCCCUCAACACCGACACUAAAGCAGGCAAAGAUGAAACACAGAACAGACAGUAAAGAGAGUCUGAAGUCUACCCCCAAGCCAUCACCAAUCAAGAGCUUCAGGAAGGAUUCAAAGGAGGAAGCACCAGAAAAGGCUAACACAGAUGCAGAAACAACUCAUGAAAAAACACAAAAGACAGAAAAAAAGGUCCCACUGAAAAAGGCAAAGGCGCCUGAGAAAGAAUCCAAAGCAAAGUCGGAGAUAACAGCACAAAAUGAAACUCCUGAAAAGAAGAAGUCCGAAAUGAAACUAAAAGCUGAAAAAGUUGUGAAGAAGGAGACCAGGAUGUCUGUCGACAAGAAAAGGGAGGUUAAACGAGAAGUAGCAAAGAAGGAUGAUAUUCUCAAACAAGAGAGUAAAAAAGAUGAAAAGGUAAAGAAAGAGGAGGCAAGGAAAGCAGUGAAAAAGGAUUUCAGAAAAGACUCACCCAUGAAGGAGAAAAAGGAUGAAAAGAAAGAACAAAAGAGAGACAUUAAAAAGCCCUCUAAAGAUGUGAAAAAGACCACUGAAGAAAAGAAUCUAGCACCCAAACCAAAGCCCUUGAAAAAAGACGAUGCAUCAAAUAAGGGAAUAUCAUCAAAGUUAAAAGAAAAGCCAAAGGUUACAAAGAAAGAGACAAAAGUGGAUAAUGGCAAACUUGCAGCUAAUGCCACUGCUGUUGCAGAGGAUCCAGAAGUAGAACGAUCUCUGAUGUCCUCACCAGAGGACCUGACAAAGGACUUUGAGGAGCUCAGAUCUGAAGUGUUGGUGGAGGAUGAAGCAACAGUGCAACAAAAUCAAGAAGAAGAGGCUGUGAUGAUCCACCAUGAAGAAAUAAUACAAACCAAAGAGUCACCUGAGGCCUUAGAAUCUGUGGAUGAGGGUAUAACCACAACAGAGGCUGAAGGUGACAGUGGAGUGACUCCAGAAGAACAGGUUGUUAAGGAAAAACUAAAUCUAGAGAAAUUUGAAGAUGAGGGCACUGUAAUGGAGGACACAUCUGAGGUAGGAGAUUAUGAAGAGAAAGGAGAGAUCAAGGAAGUUUAUGAGCCACCAAAAACAGAAUCAGAUAAAGUUACUCCCAGUGAAGAGGAACACAUUGAGAGACCUGAUGAAAUCAAACCAGGUAAUAGUGUUGAAGACAAUGUUGAUGUGAUCAAUACAAAUUUAGAGGAUGAGCUCAUAAGUGAAAUACAAACAGAAAGACAAAAUCUCUUUUUGACUGCUUCACCCAAAGUGUCUUCACCUGUUUCUCCAGCUGCAUCCAUUCACGAUGAAAUGCUCCCGGUCGGUUUUGAGAGCUCAACAGCCUCAGAUGAUGAGAACCGAGAUGAAGCCCCUGAGGAUUACACCGUCGCCUCUGGCUGCACUCAGUCCACCAUUGAGAUCUCCAGUGUACCUACUCCCAUGGAUGAGAUGUUGACUCCUAGGGAUGUUAUGAGUGAUGAAACCCCAAAUGAUGAUACUGAAUCUCCUCUACAAGAUGCAGAUAGGAUUGUGACCUCAGGAUCUGGAGAGUUUGAUAAGAUGACGAUUCCCUCACUUCAGGAUCUGCCAGGAUCAGAUCACUCUCAUAGUGAUGCCACAGAAGGCCAUGACUACAACCACUCUGCUUCCACAAUAUCUCCACCCUCACAAUUAGAAGAAGAUAGAUUCUGCAAGGACUUUGCCCCUGCAGGUAAAGCUGAGCAGCAUGACACAGCUCUAGAAGAUGUAGACUCAGCUAGAAUGAGUUUAGACUCCACAACAGCACCACUUAUUCGUUCUCCCUCAGUGGACCGCAAGGAUAAAUUUGAUUCUCCAUCUGAUUUUGUUGCGCCAAUAGAAUUGUCCACUACACUGGCAGGGUACACGAGAGCAACAGCAGAUUCUUCCCUCAGCCCAGAUGACAAAACACUGGAAGGAGCAAACUCACCUCAGUCCUCUGGUCACACACCUUACUAUCAGUCACCAGUAGAUGAAAAAUCUGCAACUCUUCCACCAGUGUCAGACGACAAAAUGCAGGGUCCAAUAAUUGUGGAGCUCACAAGUGAUAAAGAGGACUCCUCCAACAGAGUUACGCCAGAACCCAAUGAACCAGAAGAGGAAAGAUACUCUCCGAUAGAAAGGGAAAUGUUCUCUCCAGUAUGUGCACCUCCAACUGAGCCCGACUCUCCAACAAAGGACAAAUUACCCUUUGAUGCUGACUGUAAGAAAGCUGAAGAAAACAGUCAUCCAGUCUUGUCCUCAGCACCAAUAGCCAAACAUGAUUCCGACAACAAUCCAUUUACAGCUGUCAAAGAAGAGAGUAAAAUGUCUAUUUCUGAGGGUACCACAUCAGACAAGUCAGGAACCCCUCUGGAAGAAGUGGUAGCAGAAGACACAUUUUCACAUUUAGCAUCAGCAUCCACUGCCUCCCUGGCCACCAGCUCCCUGCCAGAGCCAACCACUGACUCUCCUUCCCUUCAUGCUGAGGUAGGUUCUCCACAUUCCACAGAAGUUGAUGAUUCGCUGUCUGUCUCUGUGGUUCAGACACCAACCACCUUCCAGGAGGCUGAGGGAUCGCCAUCCAAGGAAGAUAGUCCCCGGCCCAUGUCAAUCUCCCCAGACAUCUCACCAAAGUCAAAAAGUAGAAGACAGAUGCUGGACACAAAAUCCCCAGAGCACUCUACCAUGUCAAUAGAGUUUGGCCAGGAAUCCCCUGACCACUCCUUAGCCUUGGACUUUAGUAAGCAAUCUCCAGAGCACCUAUCUUUGGGAGGUAUCUCACGUGCCACAGAGAAUGGUCCAACUGAGGUUGAGUACAGCCCCUCAGAUGGAGUAAGACUGCCUGGAGAACCUGGCUCCACAGUGGAGAAGCCUUUGCUUUUUGAAGAGAGUGAUUCUGUCCAUGCCACUUCUGCUACCCCAUCAGAUGCAUCUCAGUCCACACCAUCUGUUACAACCCCAUGCCAACUAACAGAGAUGCCUCAUGCUGUGGCUGAACAGACAGAAAAAUCUCCUGUCACCCCUAAAGCAUCUUCUCUCCCCCACUCUGCCCAGUCCAGUGAGCCUUCCCCGGUACUAGAUGUUUCCCCUGAUAAAGAUACCAGCCCAAUUUCACCCUCCAUGGAAUGCAUGUCAAAUAAAUCUAACGCACAGCCGAAAGAUGACAAGUCACCCUCACCUCCCAAAGUUGCUUCUCCAUCGUCUUCUUUUACCUUCUCAAAAGAUGAGACACUUUCCCCAGCAAUCGAAACAAAUCCUUUUAAAUCCAAGGAUUCAUCACCUGAGGAAAAAUCCCAUGUGAGCCCCAAAGUUCCUUCCCCAUCAUAUCUUCCCCUUUCCUCUGAUCUGUACAGUUACAGUUCUGCCUGUGGCUCUAGGGAACCUGACACAACCAAGAAAAGCCCCACUGCUCCAUCUAAGACAGAUGUUGACCUUUGCUUAGUCACGUCAUGUGAGUACCGUCACCCCAAGACAGAACUAUCCCCGUCUUUUAUCAACCCUAACCCUCUGGAAUAUUUCAUCAAUGAGGAGAGUGCUCUGGAUGAGGAGAAGCUUCUGGUCAAGUCCGGAGGAGGGCCACCACCCCCGGGUGGGAAACUUCCCAUCAAGCAAUGUGAGGAGACCCCACCUACAUCCAUCAGUGAAUCUGCUCCUUCCCAGACAGAUUCAGAUGUUCCUCCAGGAACAGAGGAGUGCCCCUCUAUUACGGCAGAUGCUAACAUUGACUCUGAAGAUGAUUCUGAGACUUUGCCUACUGACAGAACCUUGACCUACAGGCAUGCUGACCCUCCACCAGUUUUCAGGGACCCUGCUCCAUCAUCAGGCCACCAUGAUGUCUGUAUGGUGGACCCAGAGGCCCUUAAGGCUGAAGAAAAUCACCACAACGCUAAUACAGACGAAAAGCCCAAGAAGAAAAAACUCUCAAAAAAGACCUCCUCGCCAGCCAGGAAGAGUGGUCUAUCAAAAGUCAAGGAAACAAAGGCUGACUCUCCCAAGAAGAUUGUCGGAGAAGGGAAAGAUGUAAAAAAUGCAACAAAUACCUCUGCAUCCAGGGGUGUGAAAAGUGCCACAUCGGGUACUGGUAGUGGAAAGGUAUCAGGUGCGGCAUCACUGCCCAACUGUCCUCCCAUGUACAUGGAUUUGGUUUACAUCCCUAAUCACUGCAGUGCCAAGAAUGUGGAUGCUGAGUUCUUCAAGCGGGUGCGCUCUUCUUACUAUGUGGUCAGUGGAAAUGAUCAGACUGCUCAGGAGCCCAGUAGAGCUGUCCUUGAUGCUCUGCUGGAAGGAAAGGCCCAGUGGGGAAACAACAAUCAGGUCACUUUGAUUCCAACCCAUGACACUGACGUGUUGAGGGAGUGGUACCAGGAGACGCACGACAAGCAGCAGGAGCUGAACAUCAUGGUCUUAGCCAGCAGCAGCACAGUUGUCAUGCAGGACGAGUCCUUCCCAGCUUGUAAGAUUGAGAUGUGAGCUGGUACUGCAGGGGAGAUCUGCGGAUCAGGAGGCCUUGUGACCGAUGAUGGGAUUGGUCAUUAUUUGUAGAGGGGAAACAAAUCUAUGUAGCAUAAAACCUAAGCAGACAAGCAACAAAUACAGUAAAUUAUACUUCUUGUGAACUAAACCUUGAAACAAAUAUCUGAAAUGAGGAUUAAUGAUAAAACAAAUUUGCUUUCAGGGGUUCCAAUGAAAGAACAAUUGGUUAAUGAAUAAUGAAUGUGUUGAUUAUAAUAAUGAAUUGGAGGACAUUACAAAAAGAACCCCAACUGCCUAGCAAUUACUGUUCAAUUUAAAAAAAAAAACUCACUCAAGUAAUGAUGAUGUUAGUGUAAUGAGAUUGUUAUGUUAGAGCUUUUCAUCAAGUCGGUGCCGUCAAGGAACAAAACAUCCCUGCACAUGAUAUAAUCUUGAAUAAUGGCGUCCACAACCAAAGGAUAAACCAGUAUGUUUUCUGUUAUUGCCUUAUAGAGGGUCAAAGGUGAAUGCACAAGAACAGGCGUGACUGGUCGGAGAGUGGGGAAAGUCUAAAUACUGUACGUAAAAGGACUGUUUUAUGGAUAGUUGAAUGUGGGCUAAUAUUAAUCUGAUCGGCAUUAAUAUGGCGUCUGACUUCAUAUUCAUCACAUGUGAGACUGAGUGCCCCUCCCAUCAUGAAAAUGAUUUUUAAUUCACUGGGUUGUAUUUGAUUUAAGUGGACUUUUUGUUGGGGUUAAGUUUUUGAUAUUAGUAUAUCAAUAUUUAUUUAUUUAUUUAUUUAUUGUGUUACAUUUAAAUUAUUGUGCAUUCUGUCCAUGUGGUCUUUCAUGCUGUGCAACACAAAGUUGCCUCAUGCCCUUGGCUCUGUCACAUCUGUUAACCUGGACCCUUUUUUUCCAAAAUGUUAACAUUUUUAGAUGACUGUCUUCUAUUUCAGAUUGGCUGUUUUAUUUUCAGAUUAAUUUAUUUUGAAAGGAGAGAAUCAAAACGUAUUUCUGGUUUCCAGUUUUUAUAUAAUCAUUGAGCUAUGGGCGGGGUUAGCCUUUUUCCCUAUUUACAACUGGUAAAGCAGGAUAUUUUCAUAAACCUUAAAAUGUCUUGUUUUUCUAACGCGUUGUAUUAUAAUUAUAAAUAGCUUUUUGGCUGUUGGAAUGGUCGAAAGAUGUGCAUGGGGUAUGAUACGUUAGGAUUUCUGCCUUUUCUUCUUUUAAUGGGGGAUUUUUUUCCUCAGACUUGCAUUAAGAACAACAGGGCUAUAUAGGCUAGAUAGAUAAAUACAUGUGAGGAACAUUUUAUGAUUUCUGCAAGUUCUGCCAUGAUGUCCUGAAGUACAGUCACAAAGGCAGUUGCCUGGGGAAUUGUAUCACUGUAAACCAUGGUUCUAGGUGCAGCACAGUGAGGAUUGAUCAGGUCAGUGUGAGCAUUAAAGGGAGGACAAAACCUUCCUGUGACAUGGAGAGUUUCUCCUUGGUAGCCAGGAUGAAAGGGAAACAGCUUCCAGUCAAGGCAAAUCGAUGAGAGGGGCGGCACAUGGAGAUGUGAGAGUGAGUGACGUGUGGUUUAGAUGAAAGUUUGUAAAAAAAACAAAAAUGAGACACUUUAAACACAAACAUGACACAUACCAAAACCAACCAGUAUAGAGCAACGUUGACGGGUCAUUUAACAAAUCGACACACAAGUGGUAACAGGCGUUUAGCACUCUGGAUUAUUAAAACAACCCACCAAAAUCACCAGAUAUGUCUGAUAUAGCGUUAGGUGUUCAUAGAAAUAGCACUCCUGGCAACACCACUCUGUCCAUCAACAACAAAACCUACACAACUCUGAACUGACUUCUCACAAACUGACAUUUCGCUAUCUUCUUUCGCUUCUCUUCCUCUAUUUCUCUCUCCGUCUAUUUAUCUCUGCCUUUUUCUCCCUAUCUUUCUCUGGAGAACUUUAAUAACGUCUGUCUGCAGCUGUGUGUGGUAUAUUUGUCUCGUGAUCAUGCACCCUCUCCGCUCCUUCUCCCCCAAAACUCAUAUAUACCCUAUAGCAAUUAGUUUAAAGUGAGUGUCCCUUAGAGCUUUCUGAUAUUUGUGUGCAAUAUUCCCUCAACUCAUAUGGCAAACCUGAUGUAACAGGAACUACUGAAGAACAAACACGCAAAAACAACCACAAUAAAAUCUGAAACGAACACA